UCUUUCUUCAAAGCUGCAGAACGGACAGCUCAUAAAAUCACUUUCUCUCUCCCUCUCUAAAAAUCACGAACACAAAACAAGGAAGAUGAGGAAAGACAAGGGAGUGAUAAUCGCCGACCGUAACACCCGCAGAGAAGAACUCGAUGAAGACGACGACGAAUCGAAUCCAAUCGACGUACCUACGCCUGCCGUCAAAAUCUCAAUCCCGAAAGCUUCCUCCAAAUACGAUUUCGUUAAGGUGAAGGUAUGGUUGGGUGAUAAUGCGGAUCACUACUACGUCCUCUCCAGAUUCUUGCUCAGUCGAAUGUUGACGGUCACUAAGAUUCCUAAUCACGUGGCCAUUAAAAUUGCUCUUGAACUCAAAAAGCUGCUCAUAGACAAUAGCCUUCUCGAUGUCUCUCAAUCCGAUCUGGAAGCUAAUUUGUUUAAGUUAAUGGAGCGGCGAGGUUAUGGCGAAGAGUAUAUAAACCGUUACAAGAUGAUGACAAGAUUUCACCAUCAGAGAGUGCCGUUGGUCAUUCUUGUAUGCGGUACUGCAUGUGUUGGGAAGUCAACAAUUGCUACCCAACUUGCUCAAAGGCUAAACUUGCCAAAUGUCUUGCAGACAGAUAUGGUUUAUGAAUUGCUACGCACAGCAACCGAUGCCCCACUGGCAUCUUCCCCUGUAUGGGCACGAGAUUUCCACUCUUCCGAGGAACUAAUUACCGAAUUUUGUAGAGAAUGCAGAGUAGUUCGAAAAGGUUUGGCUGGUGAUCUUAAGAAGGCAAUGAAAGAUGGAAAACCAAUUAUUAUUGAGGGUAUCCAUUUGGAUCCAAGUAUAUACCUGAUGGAUGAUGAGAAUAAAUUACCAACUGACAUAUCUGAAAAAGUUGAAGAACCAAAUUCCUUGACAUCAGAUGACAAGAAUGCUAUAGAAACCGAAAGUAAUCCUUCAACCGAUGGUGGAAAUCACAGCGAGAAUAGGGACGGAGCUCCUCAGAAUGCAACUCCAGUGGAGAGAAUUCAUGCUGAUUUGUUGAACAAGGUUUCUGAUCAUCUUGAAUCAAUUGACAUUGCUGCAAAUGAUUCUGUCAAUAAAGGUGAAACAACUAAAGACCCAGAGGCGGGCGGAAAUCCCCCUGCUAAAAAGGAAAAGUCUGGUUCUGAACCUAUAAUUAUACCAAUAGUUCUAAAGAUGGCUGAAUUUGACCAUGAGGCAUUACUGGAUGAGUGGAUAUCUACUCGCACAUUUAGUGAUAAAUGUCUAAUUCAGGACAAAGAUAAGCUAAUAAGCAACUUAAAAACGAUUCAGAAUUAUCUUUGCUCUUUCAAGUCACAGGGUCUAACAGUCGUCAACAUAUCAGCGACUACAUUCCCACAAACACUGGAUUGGCUGCAUAGUUAUCUUCUUCAGUGUAUUGAGCAAGGUAUAACUUCCGAUUCCAGUGGAAAAGGUAGGCAGCCAGCUGAGAACUAGAUUACAUGCUAAUGUUACAGCCUUGCAGUUGGUCAAUAACUAGUUGCCUGUUCAAUGUUUUUGUAUGGGGUUCGUCAGCAGUAGCAAUUCAUAUACUUCACGUGUGUAGUGCCUUGGAAUUACGUAGCUGGAGCGGAUGAGGAAAAGUAAGUUGUAACAAUGGUGUAGUGAGCAACUAAACAACGCCUGAAAAGUAAAUAUACGCAAAGAUAAACGGGAAGCAGUGGUAAGCCUCUUCUAGUGCCAAGGGGUCGCCACAAUGUCCUGCCGCUGCAAAGUUGCCAUCACUGCCCCCCUCCCCUUCGCCAGUGGAAGUAUGUAGGGACAGAUCGCAUGGUAUGUGAACAGGUUUUACCAUUGUAAGUAGAUUGAAUGUUUAUGGAAGAUGAUUGUCAGACUGCUCAAACAAUGGUUUGGGUAAAUUGUCUAAUGCUAUGUUCGAGUUAAGAAUUUGUGUAGAAAACACGAACGUUGAAGGAUUAACAGCUGGAAUAAGCAAUUUAUUCAUUGUAUGGCAACAGCAAUGAUGAAAGUGAAACAAACAACUUUAAAUCCA